GACAUGGGAAUGCUUAAUAAUUUGGCAGAUUUAAUCAAAGUGAAGAAGGAUAAAAUGACAAUAUUGGUGCUGGGCCUAAAUAACAGUGGCAAAUCGACAAUAGUGAAUCACUUCAAGAAAUCAAAUGAACAGUCUGCAAUAAUGGUGCCAACAGUUGGCUUUCUGGUCGAACAAUUUUACACCAUGGGCGUGAGUAUUAAGGCUAUGGAUAUGUCCGGCGCUACACGCUACAGAAAUCUUUGGGAACACCAAUUCAAGAACUGUCAAGGCAUUAUUUACGUUAUUGACUCCAGUGACAGAAUGCGAUUCGUUGUUGUUAAAGACGAACUAGAUAUCGUGCUACAGCAUCCAGAUCUUUGCAAUCGCACAGUGCCCAUACUUUUCUAUGGCAACAAAUCAGAUCUCGAGGAUUCGCUGUCCAAUGUCAAAAUUGCUGCAGCCUUGGGACUGGAUAAUAUCAAGGACAAACCUUGGCACAUCUGCUCCAGCAACGCCAUCUCUGGCGAAGGCUUGGACGAGGGAGUCCAGUGGUUGGUGCAACAAAUUCGCUUCGCAGUGCUAAGCCAUAGAAAGGGCAGCAAGUCAAAGAAUAACGCCAAGAGCAAUAAAUAAAAUACUUAAUGUUUGUGUAAACUUUCAACUUAAACUUGUAGUUUUUCAUUAAUUUUGACCGAUGCGCCGGCGGCUUUAUUAUAGAAUUCAUCUUAUAAAAACACCCAGUUGAAUGUGAGCUUAUUUCUUGCUGUUCAGGAUGAUACCAUCGUAUUUCUGUUGGAACCAUU